AUGGGUAAAUUUGACUCACAGUUACGUUUUCUAAAAUUUAAACCACCGAAAUCUGGACCUCGAGUUAUUCUCGCACCUAACUAUCGUUUAAAUCAAUUCCAAUUUCGUCAAGCGUUACCCGCACGACUACGAGAUUAUGUUCGAGGCGGCGGAACAAGUGCAUCAGAAUAUACAUGCGGUCCAUUAAUGAAUAUUAUGUUAACUUGUUUGCAAAAAAAUGAGUAUGAUAAUUUUGUCUGUGAAAAAGAAGUCACUGAUUUUUAUGGAUGUGUCAAAGAAUUUCAGGAAACAAAUGCUGUCGAAAAAGCAAAUCUCAAAGGCAGCGGAGAUGAUGAUAAAGUUGUGAAACAAUUUGCAAAAAAUCGUCAACCAGCGUGGCUUUCGAAUAAACUCUUAAAACAAUAUCCUACAUCGGGAUCUGUUGAAUAG